UAUAGCGCAUAUGUAGAAGAUGAAUCUUGAGGGAGGAGGUUGUUGGCGCGCAGGCUGGAUUGGCUCUGCUUUAUCAGCUCGAGGCAGCGCUCAGCUGAUCUCUGGACUCUCAGAUUGAGCAACACAAUAAGAAACAGGGCAGCUCCAAAAUCAGUGAGAAACAAAGGAAGAUAGAGGCAAGACGCGAGUACAAGACUCCCAGAGAAAAACUGAGAGCAGCAGCAGGGUUGGACUGCGUGACGAGGGAAACCAGCUGCUCGCAGACAGCGUUAAACAUUGACAGAGGUACAAUGGUGGAGAGAACUUUUCAUUUGAGGUUGUAGGGAGGAGUAUGAAGGAUUUGAAAGGACAGGAGGGGGUCACAGGCUGGGGUCUGGUCGGGAGUAAUCGUGGUGACAGCCAGUGCAAGGGGACAAGGACUCAUGUGAGACACAGAGGAAUUAAAAGAUAAAAGACUGAGAGAAGGAGCGAAGGUGGACCGGCAGACCCCAAACUGGACUUCAGUAUGGGUGUAAAGAGCAAGGCUGCAGCAGCUAUCUUAGUCCUGCUGCUGUUCCUCGGCUCACUCUGGCUACAAGGAGGUUUGGAUUACCACUGGGAUUCCUGUUUAAAGGGGUAUAACCAGAUAAAUAGGUUCCACCAGCUGUCCAACAGCAGCGUGGCCGAUGGCUCCAAGGGGCCGUACGUCCCGGGGGUGUGUCACGGUCAGAACUUCCAGGCGUCGCUGCUGCUCUCCCACCUGCUGGCGGCGCAGUACUCCACCUCGGACGUGCUGCUGCAGCCUUAUCUGUCCAGCUGGGACGAGCUCGUGAAGUUCAUGGACUCCCUGGGCUCAGUGGUGAGACUGAUAUCCCAAGAAAUCGAAAGUAAGACCACUAUUAUCCGCCAGCUGGCACAGUUGGCAGGGGAGAACCUUGAAGCAGUGCUGGGCCCAGAUGUAAACUCAAUAAACUCUGUGAGCAAAGAGGCGGACGCAAAGAAUGAUCUCGAGGCGUCGCAGCACACCGAUGCUUACCACUCUGUGCGCUCCAUGAUAAGGGCGGAGCUGAACAGCGGCCUGGUGGACUUCCAUCACCAGACAGAUUCCGGAUGCCGCACUCUCCUGCGUCUGCACCGCGCUCUGCUGUGGCUCAAGCUCUUCCUGCAGAAGCUGGCGGAGGUCCCAGUGGCCGGCCGCCUGAGGAGCCCCUCCGAGCUGUGCCGGGAAGCUUACCAGGCCACGCUGGCCCACCACCACUCCUGGCUGGUGCGCAGAGCCGCCGAGCUGGCCUUCAUCGCCAUGCCGGAGAGGGGCUUCUUCUUCAGGCUGGUGUGCGUGCAGAACCAGGAUGAGCUGAGCCUGGUGCUGGGCAGGGUGGUUCAGGCCAUCGGGGUGGUUUACAACAGGACGGAGCAAGCCCUGGAAGAACACGGCAUGCUGGACUUGCCUUAAGAAAAUGGAGUCAAACAUCCAGCCUCUGUUGGCAUUUCUUUGUUUUGCACUUACUUUAUCCUCGACGUCACGUGUUCGACUGUCGCGUCCUUCUACAAAAGUGUAACCUUUUCAAGGAAACUGGAGUAGACUCAUAUUUUUCUAUCAAAGCUUACAGGUCGCCAUGUUUCCCCCUCUCACCAAAGUGCCGCGGUAACAAUCAGCCAUCACAAAAAAGUUAGUGUUUUACCUCAGACAUUCCUCACGAGAGCUUCUGAGAUAAAGCUCGAGGUGUAGCAAGGCAGCUGAUAAUGUAUUUAAGCUGUGAAUAUGAAUAUCUUAAUCAGGUGGAUGAAGGAGCAUGAAUACAAUCACCUCCCUUGGAGUGCACGGCACCGGGGUAGCAAUUUUGUAUACGUCAAAUGUUUC